CGGAGGAGGAGGUGUGUUUCACUCCGCUAGCGUUGCCCUCGGUAGACGGAAAACCCAAGUGUGUGUUGGUGGUCAGUAAAACAGCAGCCGUGCCCCGCCGCGCCCCCACCCCCAGCGGAGCCGUCAUGUGGCAAGAGGCCCGCAAACAUGAGCGCAAGCUCCGUGGCAUGAUGGUAGAUUACAAACGCCGAGGAGAGCGACGGCGAGAGUACUACGAGAAAAUAAAAAAAGAUCCAGCUCAGUUUCUCCAGGUUCAUGGCCGAGCCUACAAGAUCCAUCUGGAUCCUGCUGUGGCGAUGGCUGCAGAGAGCCCCAUCAACAUGAUGCCAUGGCAGGGAGAUGCCAACAACAUGAUUGACAGGUUUGAUGUAAGGGCUCACCUGGACUACAUCCCCACCUACACACCUCCACUGCUCAGCACAUCAACCCCAGAGCAGGAGAUGGAGGAGAGAAAGUGCAAUUAUGAGCGAUACAGAGGCUUGGUGCAGAAUGACUUUGCAAACAUCUCUGAGGAGCAGUGUUUAUACCAGAUCUACCUGGAUGAGCUCUACGGUGGCCUGCAGAAACCAAAUGAGGACGAGAAGAAAAAACUGGCCGAAAAGAAGGCCUCCAUCGGUUACACCUAUGAAGACAGCACCGUGACGGAGCCCGACCCCGAGUCAGACAAAGAUGAAGAAAAUUCUGAGAGUGAAUCCGAAGAGGAUGAAGGCAUCCCAGAUAUUGAUGUGGAGGUUGAUGUUGAUGAGUUGAACCAGGAACAGGAGUUGGACUUAAACAAAAUGGCAACCCCAUAUGGAAUGGCUGAAGGAGACUUUGUUAGGAUGUUGAGGAAAGACAAGGAGGAAGUGGAGGCCAUCAAACAUGCCAAGGCUCUGGAGGCGGAGAAGGCCAUGUACUCUGGCCGACGUUCUCGCAGACAAAGGAGAGAGUUCAGAGAGAAGAGACUAAAAGGUAGACAGAUCAGCCCACCAAGCUAUGCAAGGAGAGACAGCCCCACAUACGAUCCCUAUAAACGGCCAGAGUCGGAGUCUAGCUCUGAGUCGCGGUCACGCUCUCGUUCUCCUGGUCCAGAGAAGAUCACCUUCAUCACCAGCUACGGAGGCAGCGACGAUGAAGCAGUAGCCGCAGCAGCAGCCGCCGCCGCCGCAGCAGCAGCAGCCACAGCAGCAGCAACAGCAGCAGCAACAGCAGCAGCAGCAGCAGCAGCAGCAGCAGCAGCAACAACACAAACAAGCGCUCCUCACUCUGGACACGUCCCCUCCAACUUGCAGCACCCUGCAGGUCAUAGCAGGGGCUCCCGGAGACGAAGGUCCUCCUCCAGUCGCUCCCCUUCCUCCUCCUCCCGCUCUUCAUCUCCGUCCACCUCUCGCUCUUCCUCCCGUUCGCGCCGUACCAGACGUGGACGCGGGGGAAGGGACGGGCGGCGGUCCCGGACCCGAUCACGGUCGAGACGGCGUUCCAGAUCACACUCCCGGGGUAGAGGAGGGAACGGAGGGGCCGCAUCCUGGAGGAGACGCGACCGGACACGAUCGCGGUCCAACGACAGAGACCGAGAGCGAGAGAGGGACAGAGAAAGGGACAGAGACCGGGACAGGAGGCGAUACUCAGCACGCAGACGCACAAGGUCCCGUUCCAGCUCACGGCAGGGGGGCAGUUCGAGGCGAGGGGGUCGGAACAGUGGAGGCCACCGGCGGGGAGACAGCGGGAGCCGCAGUCCCUCUCAGUCCCCCAGUCGUCUCAACACCAGCCCCUCCCCUCACAGAGGAGGAGCCCUGCCUCCUACCAACACCGUCCGUGACAAGCUAAGAAAGCCUGAUACUCCGGGUGGUAAAGAGACGGGAGCUGCCAAACCGAAGAUGACUCCUCAGGAGAAGCUGAAGCUCCGAAUGCAAAAGGCGCUCAACAGGCAGUCCAAGGCGGAUAAAAGAGCUGCCCAGGUAAAGAUCCAGCAGCAGGAACACAAACGACAGGAACGGGAGGGAGAGCUACGAGCCAUGGCACGCAAGAUACGCAUGAAGGAGCGGGAGAGACGUGAGAAAGAGAGGGAUGAAUGGGAAAGACAGUACGGGCGACAGAGCCACUCGCCUUCGCCUUCUCCUUCCAAAUAUGGCCGAGAGCACAACUCGCACAGAAGGUAUGUGAGAAGCCACAAGAAUCUACACAGCUCUGAUGGAGCAGAAUGAAUUCUGGGAGUCUUUUCACAUUAGUGCACAAGCACUGUCUCAAAGGAGGCUCAUCACACUGCCUUCACAUGUAACACUAAAGCUACAUGCUUUUAUCUGCAUUCAACUACCAAAUCAGUGUGUCAAGUCUUGAGAGAGAAGUCGAGCCAGGAACAGAAAUAUUCCAGUAAAAAGUUGAUACCUAAAGUCAAAGAAUAUGCCUCAAACUUUUGAAACUUUACAAAAGUUUGUUGUAAAAGGGACAUAUCAUGCUCAUAUUCAGUUUUAUACUUGUAGUUUAGGUCUCUACUAGAAAUGUUUACAUGCUUUAAUGUUCAAAAAACACAUUAUUUCUCUUAUAGUGUCCAAAUAUACACGUGUUCCCCCGGUCUGAAACGCUCCCUUUUAGCACAUGUGACUUUAAGCCCUCCAGCGUAAAAGCCCAGUCUGCUCUGAUUGGCUUGCAAGGAAAAUAUGGUUCACCUUUUGCAGAGGUAGUUCUCAAACUGUGGGAGGUUUAUUGUAAUGAGCCUGCAUGGGGCAAAAGGAAGUGGAGUGAAUUCUGAAUGGCUGGUUCAGUCACAUGUUUUCUGAUCUAGGCUGCCCACAAAAAAAACUGACUGGGUUGUGUUAUUUCACAAUUUGUGAAGGACCAAAAGUCUUAAAGUUUUUAAUGAUAAGUGCCCCUUAAAUCAAGACUUCUUAUUCACAUAAAAACAUGAGUGGCCCAACGGCCUCAAUAUGAAGAGCUCUAAUACACAGACUAUCACUUAACAAGUUAUUGAUGUUAAAUAAUGCUGCUAAAGGCUUGUUUACAUCAGUAAUGUGUUUGUUUUUUUUAAUAUUCAAAUAUGAUCAGUUAAGAAACCAAAUUCUUCUUUUUGAACUGUGUAUGUACACUGAAAAAGGAACUGAUGAGGCUUUUAAGACAUGAAAGAGACACUUACAUAUUUUCUUUAUGAUGUCGACUUGUUCUGCUUUCACAUUCAUACUUGUUGUGCU